AUGGCGUAUGCCUCUCUUGCGUCUUCUCUCUUGUGCAGCAGCAGUGCUUCUACCAGUAGAAGCGCAGCCAUGCCAAGAGUAACCAGGAUCCCUCUUUUCUCCAUGAACCAGUACAAGACGCCUCUUCGGCCUCUUAGGAGUAGUUUAAUAGUUAGGCGAUCGUUGCAGCAGGAGCAAGAGCAGAGGGCGGGCUCGCCGUCCUCCGUCUCCGUGGCCUCCGGCGAGCAACAGGAGCAGGCGACGGCUUCGCAUCAUGUCGGAGGGGUGGAUGAGGCCAAGGCGUCGGGUCAUGUUGGAGAGGCAGAUAAGGGAGGCCAAGGAGAAGGCGACGGCGAGGAGAAGAGGAGCACGGAUGAGCAGCAGGAGGUGGACUGGAAGUCAGACGAGGAGUUCAAGAAGUUCAUGGGCAAUCCCUCCAUCGAGGCCGCCAUCAAGUUGGAGAAGAAGCGCGCCGACAGGAAGCUCCGCGAGCUGGACCGCGAGCCCGACGCCAACCCCGUCGCCGGCCUGUUCCGGGGCUUGGCAAAGGACCAGCUGGCCCGGGAGAAGCAGAGGCUGGAGCUGGCGGAGCAGACCUUCAAGGCACUCGACCUCAACAAGCUGAAGAGCUGUUUCGGGUACGACAUGUUCUUCGCGGUGGACGUCCGGAGGUUCGGCGACGGCGGGAUCUUCAUCGGGAACCUGCGUAAGGCCGUUGAGGAGGUGCGGCCUAAGCUGGAGAAGAAGAUCUCCGAGGCUGCUGGAACAGAGGUCACCCUCUGGUUCAUGGAGGAGAACAACGACGACAUCACAAAGCAGGUCUGUAUGGUUCAGCCCAAGGCAGAGAUCGACCUCCAGCUCGAGAUCACCAAGCUGAGCACGCCGUGGGGAUACCUCAGCGCCGUGGCGUUGGCAGUCACGACCUUCGGGACGAUCGCGCUCAUGAGCGGCUUCUUCCUCAAGCCCGGCGCCACGUUCGACGACUACGUCUCUGACGUGCUUCCUCUGUUCGGCGGCUUCCUCACGAUACUCGGGGUCUCUGAGAUCGUGACGAGGCUGACGGCGGCGAAGUACGGCGUGAAGCUGAGCCCGUCUUUUCUCGUGCCGUCCAACUGGACGGGGUGCCUCGGCGUGAUGAACAACUACGAGUCGUUGCUGCCCAACAAGAAGGCCCUGUUCGACAUACCAGUCGCGCGCACGGCCAGUGCGUACAUCACGUCGGUGGUGCUGGCCGUCUCGGCGUUCAUCGCCGACGGCAGCUUCAACGGCGGCGAGAACGCCCUGCGGAGAGAUCUGACUGACACAGACACUGGUUGUAACUGCAAUGGCGUUCAAGUUCGUGCGGCCGGAAUUCUUCUACAACAACCCGCUGCUGUCGUUCGUGCAGCUGGUGAUCGGCCCGUGCUCCCGAACGCGGUGGAGGGCGUGGGCGUGCCCGUGGACCCGCUGGCGUUCGCGGGGCUCCUGGGCAUCGUGGUGACGUCGCUGAACCUGCUCCCGAUCGGGCGGCUGGAGGGCGGGCGCAUCGCGCAGGCGCUGUUCGGGCGCGGCACGGCGGCGCUGCUGUCGUUCGCCACGUCCGUCCUGCUGGGCGUGGGCGCCAUCAGCGGCAGCGUGCUGUGCCUGGCGUGGGGCCUCUUCGCCACCUUCAUCCGCGGCGGGGAGGAGAUCCCGGCGCAGGACGAGAUCACGCCGCUCGGCAACGACCGCUUCGCGUGGGGGUUCGUGCUCGCCCUGGUCUGCCUCCUCACGCUCUUCCCCAACGGCGGCGGCACCAACUCCACCUCCUUCCUCGGCGACCCGUUCUUCAGAGGCGGCAUCUAG